AUGUCUUCAAGCCUUUUGAGAGAUUACUUUGAGAUAUUCGACACAGACCGAGACAAAAUGAUUGCACGCGCCGACGUGAUGAGUUUGGUCAGAGCACUUGGGUAUGCCCCAUCACCGGAAGAGGAAGACCAAGUGAUGAAAGAGAUCAAGGGAGACUUAGUCAAAAUGAACGAAGUCAAAUCCGCCAUUUCAAAAGUGAAAAUGCAUUCACCAAAAGACUGGCAUGAGGGGAUUGUUGGCGUCUUAAACUCAUUUGAUAAGGAUGACUCUGGUAAAAUCCAAGAGGCUGAGUUGAGACAAAUGUUGAACAACUUGGGUAAAACUCACUUGACUAAUGCUGAAACAGACGCCGUCAUGUCUGAGUGCAUUGUCGACUCAUAUGGGUAUGUCGAUUAUAAUGUCCUUUGCAACACACUUGUCAACGGCCAUCCAGCUGAGAAAGAAGACAAAUAA